UGCUCGUCCCCUUGCACUUCUCUAUUUCCAAUUAGGGCUUGAAAGGGAACUUCUGCUGCGGGCAUUAAGUUUGGCCUUCGAACCCUGGUCAGAGUAAUGGUGGGGGGCAGCGUGACGUUACUUCAUUUCAUAGCUUCUCGGCAUUCCACAGGUCUCCCUCCGCCUCCUCGGGACCUUUCUUAACUCAGAGUGGUUUCCCAGCUCUAGAAAAUGAGUUUGGAGCGGGGGCCACGUUGACGGCGGAGAGGGGCAUUGUGGGGCGUAAAAGCAGGACCCCAACCGACAGCGCCUCCUUGGUCCUCGCGCUCCCUGGACACGCGGUGCUCUCCGCGUAUGCUAUUGGAAAGGUGCCAGGGCGGGAAACAACCCGGAGCUUUGCGUUCGCCGGCGCCUCCAGCGGUGUGUGGGUUUGUUUUGUUUUUUUUUUUUCUUUUGCCACGCAUGCGUGUUAGUGCCGAGUGGCUCUGUUUCAACUCUUUUCAUUACAAUAGCGCCAUUUUGCGGUACGGAGGCUACAAGGCAACGUAAACGGGAACCUCUCUCCAAAGUCUUCCGGAGAAGUGUCUCAUCAGUUUUUGUUUGGGAAGAAAUCUCGAAUUAGGAUCGAGGAAGAUUUAGGAUCGAGGGCGAUUUAAAGGACCAAGCUGAUUUUCGUACUGGUAUGCUUACGGAGUGGGAAAGUGGUUUCAGGAAGAGCUAUGCCCAGGCCCUCCUUCAUCACCUUCACCCCAGCCACUGACCCCAGCGACCUCUGGAAGGACGGGCAACAGCAGUCACAGCCUGAGGAGCCAGAGCCCAUCCUGGAUGGGGCUGCAGCCCGGGCUUUCUACGAGGCCCUGAUUGGGAAUGAGAGCAAUGCCCCUGAAGCCCAGAGAUCUCAGCCUGAACCUGCUAGGGAAAGAAAGAGGAAGAAAAGACGAACGAUGAGGGAGACUGCAGCAGAAGCAGUGACAGCAGGAGCAUCAGGAAGACAUGGACAAGGGAGAUCCCUUGAGGCCGAGGACAAGAUGACCCAGUGGAUACUGAGGGCAGCCCAGGAGGGGGACCUGGCAGAACUUCGAAGGCUUUUGGAGCCCCAUGAGGCGGGGGGAGCUGGGGCAAAUAUCAAUGCUCGGGAUGCUUUCUGGUGGACCCCCUUGAUGUGUGCGGCCCGGGCGGGCCAGGAGGCAGCUGUUCGCUAUCUCCUGGGCCGUGGGGCUGCGUGGGUUGGGGUCUGUGAGUUGGGUGGCAGGGAUGCUGCUCAGCUGGCUGAAGAAGCAGGAUUCCCCGAGGUGGCUCGCAUGGUCAGGGAGAGUCACGGAGAGACAAGGAGUCUGGAGAACUGGUCCCAUUCCCCCUCUCCCCAGUACUGUGAAACCUGUGAUGCCCACUUCCAAGACUCCAACCACUGCACAUCCACUGCUCACCUGCUGUCACUGUCCCGGAGUCCCCAGCCCCCCAGCCUUCCCCUUGGGGUGCCCACCUCCAGCCCUGGCUUCAAGCUGCUGCUGAGGGGGGGCUGGGAGCCGGGAAUGGGGCUGGGACCCCGGGGUGAGGGCCGUGCCAACCCCAUCCCCACUAUCCUCAAGAGGGACCAGGAAGGAUUAGGCUACAGAUCAGCACCCCAGCCCCGAAUCACACACUUUCCAGCUCGAGAUACCCGAGCUGUGGCUGGUACAGAGAGAGCCCCUCGGGUGGCCACACUGAGCUGGAGGAAGGAGAGAAGGCAGGAAGAGAAGGACAGGGCCUGGGAGCGGGAUUUGAGGACAUACAUGAACCUUGAAUUCUAACCUUGGUGAAGUCUGACCCUGGUCAGCUGCUGAAGUCUAAUCUUGGGCCUCUGACUUGGGCACUUUGACUUCUGCGUCCUAGGAUCUGCCCACGUGCCAGACCCUCAGAUUUUGGUCAGUGGGCUCUGCCUUUGGGGGAGAGGGUCUGAGAGUUGAGAAAUAAACCAUACUUCUUUUUC